CCCGCUCCAGGUCACGUCCUGGCUGCCAUCUCCCCGCGCGUUGCGUCCUGAGUGCACUCUCGGCCCUGCUUCAUGUCUGAACACGAUAACUCUAUCCGGCAGCGUAUCAUUUCCUCUGUGUUCGACAAACGCAACCUCUCUUCACCUGUAACUGAGUCUUACGUUGCCCAUAUCAAGAUCUGGGAGGACGCAGGAGAUGGCACGGGCAAGAAGCCAAGAUAUAUCCUCCUGUCACAGACUAGUGACGGCUCGGGCCUCAUUCAUAAGUCCAAGCUCAAUACGAAUGGAACCUUCUCCGUAGGAAAGACAUGGAAGCUAUCCGACUUAAAGGGUGUUGACUCUGCGACGCCCUUGACCUUGGGUAUAACGCUUGCGCGCAUGUACAAGUGGCAGACCGAAAGUCAGCAGGAUCAGCGUGCAUUUGUGUCAUCCCUCGUCUCCAUUUACGAGAACGUCUUUGGCUCUAGAGAUUCUCUCAAAGUGGUUGGCGACUACGGCGCACCAUCUCAAUAUAAACCUCCGGCUAGUACAGAGUCUCCUCAGGCUUCUUUGAGCUUCAAUGGCACCCUACCCUCGAGACCUUCUAUGACACGGAUACCCGCAGAUACGCCUCGCAAGGCAUUGGAACCAAGAUCAUCAUCAGAGGCAUUCCGGCCAAUUACUCCAAACGGUCCGAUAGGACCAAAUGGACAACCGCCAGCUUCAUUGACGCCAGGAGAUUCACGGUCAGAAGCACGAGCGGAAACAUACUCGCCUUCCAAGGCCUUGAACUUGAACCCUCCGAGUGCGCUCAGACCGAGCGCUCGGCGGCCAUCCGCGUCAACUUCGACAUCCAUGCUAUCUACCUCACCAUCCCCGUCGUCCAAAGUUACUGACAGUACGAUCUCCUCCACGUCGAAUCUUCGCAUACCUGUAGAUUUAUCUUCAACCGCGUACUCCAAUACGCUGGAAGACUCGGGUCCCCAGGUAGCUAGUCCUUCAGCCAUCACACCGAAAACACCAGAAUCUGGCUCGACAGAGAGAUUGGCUCCACAUGCGCCUCGGUCUUACACAACUCCUUCACGUAGCAAAGGACCUACUCCUAUGGAGUCUGCACAUUCGCGGAGGGAACACAAUAAUCGUAUCUCCUUUUUUGAUCCAUCCAAUCAAGCACUUCUUGAUCGCCUUAUAACGGGAAACGUCGAUUCAGAUACGGAGGACGGAGGCGAUGAGAUUGCACAAGCAACUAUGCUUAGCGUCGAGGAGAUGCUCGAGGGGUAUGAUUGGGGUAACGAUGGCUUCUUAAACCGACAGGCCCCUGGAGACACUGCUGACAUGGUUGAGGCUCGGUUAUUCGAUGAACUCAUGGCUUUAGACAAGGCCAAUAUUCACUCGUUCCUUGAAUCAGAUGAUCGAGUUAACCUGGUCGUCAAACUUUUGGACGAAGCCAUACUGGAAGUGGAUGGGAUGGACAGUCUUAUCUCAUCAUACAAAAUACACUUAAACGCCGUCAGCGACGACAUCACAUUUAUUCAGUCUCAACGUCGGGGCUUGCAAGUUCAGACACAAAACCAACGAGCAUUGCUGACUGAAGUUGAAAACCUUCUUCAAACCGUCGACGUGGACCAGGAAUCCCUUAUCAUUCUUACUCAAGAGUCCCUUGAGAAGCCUGCUGGCAUUCAAAGGUUAGAGGAUGCGGUCACCGUUCUUUACAAGGCUCUUCAGGCCAGUAAAGAUUCAGAGAUGGCAGCGACUAUGGAGAGAUUGGACGAAUAUCGUACAUACAACUCACAGUUCUGCAAACGCAUAUUCGAUUAUCUUUCUAUCAUGUCAGCUGCUCAGGCCAAGUCCAUCACAGAUAGAGAUAAUGGGAUGUUGUGGACAAGUGGGAAAAAGCACCCUACGUUGGCUAGUCACGAGGAGAUGGAGAAGUAUCUCGGUCGGUACGCGGGUCUGCUGCUCUACCUGAAGGAAAUGGAUGAAGGAACAUACUCCAAGACUUGUGCGGCGUAUUUCUCUGCUGCAAGCGAUCUGCACAGCAAACAGAUGAAGUCUCUCCUAUCUGUAUACGGCAACCUUGUGAAAAAGACACCAGAAGAAGAUGGCGACGCGAAUGCCGCUCCAUGGGCGACAGGGAAUGUCUCGAAAGGCGGAGGAGCCAUCCGUCGCGCGGGUACCAUUGUGCGUCCGUCAACCGAUGGACGGAGAGACAAGGAUAGGGAGAAGCGUGGCGACGACGAGCUCAAAGCGUCCGACGCCCUGACUUCUAUCCUCGACCAAAUAGCCCCACAAAUAUACCGCGAGAACGACUUCAUUGCUGAUUUCCUCCAGAUCAAUGAUGCUGGGCUGACGUUUGCUGACUAUUCUGGCCUGGACAACUACUUUAGACGACAGGCCAGUCGGAGUGCUGGGCUCAGUCAAGCGACGAUCAAACUAGUCCGGGGAGCAAUGGACCUAAUCUUUGGUUUCCUCCCCAACGAGUUGAAGCAGUGGAUAGAUAACGCUGUCUCCAAGGACUCCGUGCAGAUGGUUGGCGUCAUUGUUUGCUUAGAGCGCUUCCUUGCAGAUGCCGAUGAAAGAGGGAACCAUUUCUUCACACAAAUGCUGGAACGGCAACAUACUCGCCUCAAGGGCUCUUUCGAUCGUCAUGUUAACCAGCAAAUGAAGUCUGUUGAGGAAACUAAACUCAACAGCAAGAAGCGAAGAGGCGUAGCACCGUUCAUCAAGUACUUCCCGACCUACAUCGCCAGAGUAGAGCAGCAGAUGAUUGGCGCAGACGGCCUUGAGAUCAGGGUAACGGUCGAUGUUGCUUACGAGAAGAUCGUAGGCAGCAUGUUCGAGGCCUUGAAACAUAUGGCUACCAUGGAUGGUGAUGGUGAAGACAAGGGACAGCUCAACUAUCAUGUCCUUUUGGUUGAGAACAUGCAUUACUUCGUCGCCGAGAUGUCUCAAGUAGAAGGUGGAACUGUCUCGGCGUUUUUGAAGCAGGCGGAAGCACUCUACAAUGACAACCUCAAUGCCUACGUCAAGAUCGUCCUUCGUCGGGGAUUUGCAAAGAUCAUUGACUUUUUCAGUGGGCUCGAUCGGCUCUUGGAAAACACCGCGCCCACGGAAGUCAUGAAGUCGUCGAGCUACAGUCGGUCGGCCUUGAAGAAGGUUGUCAGAGACUGCGAUGACAAAGAUGUCCGCAAGCACAUUGACGCUCUCUUUAAGCGCGUGGAGAAGCACUUUACCGAAGCCGAAGAGAAGUCUACGACGGAAGAACGCAGCGGGAUCGCGGCCGGCCAUGUCAUGGUCGGCGUAUGGAAGACCUGCGAAGAGGAGCUUCUACGGCUCACAAAGUCAUUCCAGAAGAAGAUCGACCUGUGCUACAAGGACAGUGGGGUCAGCCUGGAGUACACUAUUGCUGACAUAGAAGCAGCUUUCAAGCGACAUAGUCUCGAUGGAUGAUAGCUCGGGCGAUUGAACUGCAGCCGUCUGUAACUCUGUUUUGAUAACUUAUUUGACAUGCAUUUGACUGUAGAAGAUUACUUAAUCAUAUGUUUAAUGAACGAAUGCGUCACAGAAGUCCAAGCAGAGUCAGAAUCUAAUGUCCGGAUCUGAUGUCCUGGCGAACAACCAAGUCCAUCUAGAUGUGAGGCCUGGGGCUGGGCGAACGGCGCCUCUGUUGCAAGUUUUCUGUUGAGGCGGUGUUGAGACCGGUCGCGGAGGUAGACGGGGUGCUGUGCUGCUGCGGUCCCCCAGCAGACGGGUACACCCGAGAAAGACCACCGAGGACGGCGGGACCGUAGGCAUCCCAGAGGCCUUUGGCAGAAUCGGCCAGAGAGGGAGCGUUGCGCCCAUUUUGUGGGUUAGCAUUCUCGCCGGGCUCGUUAGUGGGAGCGGCGGCGGAAGGCCUGUUCUGGAUGCGGUCUACGAUACCAGAGAACCGGGUGCGUGCGAACCCGACGAGGUUGCUCUGCACUGACACGAUACCGGCGUCCAAGUCGGCCUCGUUUCGUACCAGGAAAGGCUGCAGGUAGGUCUUGUAGACGUAAGUAGAGCCCUGAGUCUGAGGCAAGGCGAGGUAAAGCAGGAAGAGGGUUCUGACUUCCCAGUAAAAUGGAAGCCAAGAAACAAAGGGGCCAAGGGUGGUCUCAAGCGCCAUGAACGCGCCGAUGACAGCCCAGUACAUGGCUAAUGUGUCAAGCUCGUCAUUGGAGCGAAGAUGAACAUGGGAAAGAGUCUUGAAAGUAGAGAAGCAGGGGAUCAAGAAAACAAACCACGCGCAGACGACGUGAGAUAUGAGGGACAUAAACAUGGCGGCGAUAAGGCUAGAAGGCGAGCUGCGAGCUGUUGGAAUGUGUCUGGAUGCGUCGGGCGUAUCAGAGAACCGAAGGAGGUGUCGGUGUCUUGGUGAG